AUGAUACACCUCCCCGUGAAAAAGGAGCCCGACUCGGAACAAGGACACAAUAGGUUGGAUAUGGUGCACAAGGGAAGCAAGAGACACCUCGAAUAUCGCGAGAGGAAUGUCGAGUCUCUUGACAAAGAUCGCGUCGAUCAACAUAUGGAGGACCCUGACUCUGAACGGUACCGGCAGCAGCACCAGCGUCACCACGACCAGCCUUCGUCAUCUUCGUCCUCGGCCGGCUAUUAUCCUCAUCAUCGAGGAGCUCCUUCUGGGGGCGAUCCUACAGGAUACCACAGCAGCGGAUCUUACCAGGAUUCAAUGUAUCAUCAUCAGCAACAGCCACAACCUAACCAACAGCAACAUAAUCCUGGUGGCCGCCCUCAAUCUCUUUCGGCGCGGCCCUUGCCAAGUCUUCUCCCUCGUCCAAUGGAUGCCAGUGACGGACGGCCUGGCGAAGGCAGCAGAGGGCAUCCAAGGGACGACCAAGCCUCCUAUGGAUGGGAUGACAUGCGUCACCGGCCGCCACCACCCCCAGGAGGACGCCCCACGAUCCAUACCGACAUGGGGUCUCCUCAUUUUGGGGGCCACAGGAGCAACCAACCUCCAUUGAGUGCAGGUCCUCACAGUGCAAACGUCCAUUCGCCAUCCCAGUCAACCGCUCCUGUGUCUGCGCCAGUAUCUGUAGCGGCACCUACACCUACGACACCAGCAACAAGUUCGGUACCGGCAGUGGCGGCGACUUCAUUGUCAGCAUCAUCGGCAGCUUCGGCAGCAUCAUCGUCAGCAGCUUCGUCAUCGGCAGUGUUGGUACCGGCUCCUCCGGGCAGCGUGGUUGUGAACAAUGGCAGCAGCAAGAAGCGAACGACGCCUGCGAAGCACAAGUGUCCAGAGUGUGACAAUGUCUGGCACACAGCCAUUGGAACAAAUCAGGUGGAGAGGCCCUAG